CGGCCUCGCGCCGUCGCCCCAGUUGUUCGCCGUUGAUUGGCCAGAGCGGCGGUGAUACGGCAGCGGGGCUACGCUCCUCUCCUCAGCUGGAGAGGGGGAAGGGGCCUGUCGAUUGAGACAUCGAGCGAGCGGCCCGUGUGAGGAAAAGACUCUAUUGUCGCCGCUAUGACGUUCAAGGGGAGCCGGGCCCGGGAUCGUUUUUACAGCACUCGCUGCUGCGGCUGCUGCCAUGUCCGUACCGGGACCAUCAUCCUGGGGACGUGGUACAUGGUGGUGAACUUGUUGAUGGGCAUCUUGCUGACAGUGGAAGUGACCCACCCUAAUUCAGUGCCAAAUGUUGACAUACAGUAUGAAGUCAUUGGUAAUUACUAUGAUUCUGAGAGAAUCGCUGAAAACGCUUGUGUUCUCUUUGCCAUCUCGCUCCUCCUGUUCACGAUAAGUGCAAUGAUGGUGUAUGGAGCAAUUGCUCACCGAGUGGGCUGGCUCAUUCCAUUCUUCUGUUACCAGCUCUUUAACUUUGUCCUCAGUUGCCUGGUUGCCAUCAGUUCUCUUACUUACAUGCCAAGAAUCAAAGAGUAUCUGGAUGAGUUACCGGAUUUCCCUUACAAAGAUGACCUCCUUGCACUUGACUCAAGCUGUAUUUUGUUCGUUGUCCUGGUGUUUUUUGCCUUAUUUAUCAUCUUAAAGGCCUAUCUAAUUAACUGUGUAUGGAACUGCUAUAAAUACAUCAGCAACAGAAACUUGCCUGAGAUAGCCGUGUACCCUGCAUUUGAAGCUCCUCCACAGUAUGUCCUGCCGACUUAUGAAAUGGCAGUGAAGAUGCCUGAGAAGGAACCCCCACCUCCGUACAUACCUGCCUGAACCAACUGUGCUUACGUUAGUUAACAUCUGUACCAACUUCUUGGAUUUUGUCCUUUUUAAUCUUGCAAAAUUGCUUAAAUAUUCCGGGCUUUAGGAGCAAACCUUUCUGUUGAAAAAUAUUUGAUAUAACUCUACUAAGCAAAACACAUCUGGCAGUAAUUUUUUUCCUGUUUGCUUUAGUUUUUGUUCUCUUUAAUGGUCUUAAACAUGUUUAUUGCCUUAGGGUCUUGUACUGCAAACAUUAGAACUACAUGAGUGAAGUAGUUCAUGUGACAUCAACUGAACAACUCAUAUGAGUAAAGUUAGCCGCAGGCAUACAUGUCUGCUGGGUCGGGCUCUUAAUUUGUAGAGUAAUUUUUGUAAAGUAGUUCAUAAAGACAAUCUGAUCUACCAGCAAAAUGUGUUUUGUUUUUUUUUCUUUUUCUUUUUCUUUUUCUUUUCCCCUUUCUUUAAUUUUUUGGGGGGGAAAGAGGUUGGGAGGGAGGCUUGUGUGUGUGUGUGUGUGUGUGUGUGUGUACAUAUUUUUUACUCUGCACUUUUCUCACACUAUCUUACCUUACUGUUUUUGUUAUCUAUUGCCUUGAAACAUUUUCAGGAAGAGUGAAGCUGGCACUAACGUUUGAAGUUUUACAGCAUGCUGUGAAUGCAAGAAAAAAUGCACACAGAAAUUACUUAAAUGUGGGAGAUGAUGGUUGCAUGCUUCUAAUCUGUAUAUUUUCUCUAUUUGUGAUAAAUGAUACUUUAAUAAAUCUUUUAAGAAACGUU